AUGCCCAUCAAACAAUUAGUAAGGCGUCUACAUGGAGACGUAGCAUUCAACACUAUCAACAACCUCAGUCGACUUAAGAAGAAGUACAUCCAGUCCAGCAACCGCCUCACGUUCCUCAUGCGAUGCAGAGACCUCCAGAUCAUCCCGAAUGGUCUGAGAAUCACCUCUCCAGUUAACUCAGCAGCUGCUCAAGCCAUCCUCCAGGCUGCAUCCAAAAAGCUUGCUAUUGAAAGGAUCAGGCAUCAUCGUAAAACGAAAAGCAUCACCUUCGGCCAAAUAGAACAACACCUUCAAAAACUAAACUCGACAAUGUCGCCUGACCUCUUCAGAACCCUACGCAGAGCCCAGAACCAAGCCAACAGCAAAUUGGACACCAAAACCAAAACCAGCCAACUCAACAAGCUGCAUAAACUCCAGGAGAAGAAACAAUUGAACCCGAAGACAUCUGACCCCAGUGUGACCCAGGAACAGUUCAUCAAGAAAAGAGUCAUCAACAUCAGCAGCAAGACUAUCACCAAAAACCAAAUCAAUGUCCUAGCCAAAGGCCUCACUUUUAUAUCCACCGAACCACGGCGUCAUUACGACGACUUCGUCAGUAAUAUAGAGAAAGGCCCCCAGCAACUUGCCCCAGGAGGCAAGAUUGAUUACUUACGCCAUCACAUAAGUCACAUUCUUCAAAAAGCCCCCAGACAGACACCUAACCUCACCCAAGCUGAGAAACAAGCCGUGAAAGAACUCAAAGAAGACACAGAUAUAACCAUGGUCCCAGCCAACAAAGGACGAGCCACGGUCAUCCUUGACAAGUCGGAAUUCCACUCCCUGGUCAACAAGAUGCUUACAGACCCCACCACUUACAGAAAACCCACCAGCACACUCCAACGUGAACACAAGUCCACACUGAAACACCUGAAAGACACCUUUGAGAUCACCACCCAACAGCACCACAAACUGUCUGUCUCCCAUCCACAGCCCCCCCUACGCCCGUGCCACCAUCAAGAUCCAUAA